GAUGUGGACAUUUUAAAUACCAGAGUGGGAGGCAGGACAGGUGCUUUAUGCGAUGAUGUUACCCCUGCGUUUUCCGAAUUUAUUGGGAACAUAUAAACGUGGGGAUGCACAUUGUCAAGCAAGAGACAAGAGUUUCCGUCUGGGGGUGUAGACGUUUGUAUUUUAAAAGGUGUUAACCCACAUCGGUCGCUAAGGAUGUUUUGUGCAAAACUGAAAGAACUAAAAAUCACUGGAGAGUGCCCAUUCUCUAUGGGGACAGAAAAUACGGAACCCGGUAAUUCUAAGGAUUGCACACUAAAGGGGGAUUUGCCAGUUUCCAAAGAGGUCUAUGGAACUGUGCCUGGGAUCCUACCUCUGCGAAAGACAAGUAAAACCAAAGUAAAUCUGCAUACGUUAGGAGACAGCAUCCGCAAAUUAGUCUGUCCUGAGUUUCAGAGGCUGCAUAAUGCUUUCCUGAGAAUGGUGAAAAAACACAAUCUAGACAUGAUAUGUUCUUCUGCACUUUAUGCUGAAGUUUACCAGUACGUCUUAAAGACCUGCGGAGAUGCAGAUAUUUUCACAGAGAACAUGAAGAAUUACUCUUUGAAAUCAGGUAUACCGAUGGACACUUUGAGAGUCUGCCUUGGGGUUGAGGUUUUCGCAACAUGUUAUGAAGAGGACGGGCACAUUUUGGAGGUGGUCGGUGGCGCGCUCCACGACUUUCUGAACAGUUUCAACGUCCUUUUGAAGCAAAGCACGGUGCAGGCUUCCAGUGACGCGGAUUGUGGAAAAGAGGCGUCGGUGCUCUGUCUGGACAAAGACCCGGGGCUUCUGACAGUGUACUAUUUCAGUCCUCACAAAACAACCGAACUCUUCUUCCCGGGUGUCAUCAAAGCUGCUGCCAGUGUGUUGUAUCAGACUGAGGUGGAGGUGGUAAUGGAACAGGUAGCCUGCGGAGAGAGUGCUUCAGAGGAGCACAGUCAGCCUCACCUGCUCUACUCCGUGAUGGUGAAGCACACCAAGCUCCUCAGCCCCAGUCCUCUGAAGACACACUCCUCUGUGGACAUACCAAAGGCUCUGUUCUGCCAGACGUUCCCCUUCCACAUCCUGCUGGACUACGACAUGAGCCUGCUGCAGAUCGGAGACGGUCUGAAGCGAAGGCUGGGUCGUAAAGACGUCCAGAGGAGGCCUUUUUUCCAUGAGCACUUUGUGAUUGUGGCCCCUGUGGUCAACAGCACCUUCCAGGGCAUUUUGACGAUGCUGAACACUCAGUUUUUUCUAAGUAUUAAAGAUGGAGCCACCCCUGCAGACUGCACAACAAAGCUGAUGGAACUCAAGGGACAAAUGAUUUACUUGAUAGAGUCCAACCAUAUCCUGUUUCUGGGCUCCCCAUGUGUGGACAAACUGGAUGAGCUUACCGGACGGGGCCUGUACCUCUCUGACAUACCUAUCCACAACGCCCUACGAGACGUGGUCCUGGUGGGCGAGCAGGCCAAGGCCCAGGACGGGCUGAAGAAGAGGCUGGGAAAGGCCAAGGCCGCCCUGGAGCAGGCCCACCAGGCCCUGGAGGAGGAGAAGAGGAAGACUGUGGACCUGCUCUUCACCAUAUUCCCUGGAGAGGUGGCACGGCAGCUGUGGCAGGGGCAGCACGUCCGGGCGAAGAAGUUCGACAGCGUGACCGUGCUCUUCUCGGACAUCGUGGGCUUCACGGCUGUCUGUUCCCGGUGCACCCCCAUGCAGGUGGUCACCAUGCUGAACGAGCUCUACACGAGGUUCGACCACCAGUGUGGAGAGCUGGACAUAUACAAGGUGGAGACCAUAGGAGAUGCGUACUGUGUAGCCGGUGGCUUGCACAAAGCGAGCUGUACGCAUGCUUCCCAGAUAGCACUUAUGGCCCUGAAGAUGAUGGAACUGUCAAAUGAGGUCAUGACACCAGCUGGUGAGGCCAUUAAGAUGCGAAUUGGACUCCAUUCCGGAUCAGUUCUUGCUGGUGUCGUCGGUGUAAAAAUGCCUCGGUACUGUCUUUUUGGCAACAACGUUACGUUGGCGAACAAGUUUGAAUCCUGUAGCCUACCCGGGAGAAUCAACAUUAGCCCAACAACACACAGACUUUUAAAGGACUGCCCUGACUUUAUCUGCAUACCCAGAACCAGACAGGAUCUUCCACCUAACUUCCCUUCUGAUGUUCCUGGCAUUUGCUACUUCUUGGAGGCGUCUCAUCAGACCAGCCGGAAAGACAGUUGAACAUAGACACAACCAACUGAAACUGAAUAUUGUUGGCCCAACAUAAUAUAUCAUCAUUGUGAUUCAAUCAUGUGUCAAUCAAGUGUCAAUCAUGCCUAGAUAUUUGAUCAAUUGUAAAAUAAAGAAGUGUAGUACA